AUGAGGAGCUCGUUCUUUCGCCAGUCCAGGAAAGAAGACAGUACAUUACAUCCUGCUGUUUUUUCAGAGUCAUCCAAAAUUGACGGUAAAAAGCAGCCUUCCUUGAUUUGGAAAGGGUUGGAAGAUGGAAAUGCGAGCUCAACCUGUGAUUUAGAUGAUGACGACUAUUUUGAGAGCGAUCAUUUUAUUUCUUCCAAUGAGAUUAGCUUGUCCGCACCUUCAAAAAUCCACUGGAAUGAUAAUAAGUGGAACAAAAUGCUUAAAUUCGGUGACGAUACAAAGAAAAUUGAUCCUGUUCAAUUUACUGCGGAAUCACCUAAAAUACUCACUUUACGAAACACAGCACAGAAAUCGCAUGCUAAUAAAUCUCUAACCUCUUUAGAUAGUUUCGAUCAUGUUGGACCUCAGUCUCCUCCAAAUGAUAUGUCGAUCCCUAAAAAAGCUCCAGCAUCACCAAUGCUUAAUUUUCUCAGCAAAAAACCAAACGGCUCAUAUAUGCAAUCACCUGACACACAUAAUGUGUCAACCAGCUCUGAAGAUACCAUUUAUUUCCAUCAAACUCCAAAAAUCUGUUCAGAUUAUACGGGGGAGGUAAACCUGAAAAAAAAAGUAUUAGAGUUAGAGAAAGAAAUAGAAAUUUACCAAAUGAGUCAAAAUUCUCUGACGGACGCACUGAAAAAAUAUCAGGUUAUAAAUGAAAAACUACAGGUUAAUAAUGACUCAUUACACGCACAGUUAAACCGCGAAAACCAAAACUACAUCAAGGCUAAUGAAAAUUAUCUAAAAUCUGAAGCUCUAGUCAAGCAUUUAGAGGAAAUAACAUGUGCAAAUCAAAACGAAAUAAAAUAUCUAGAAGAAAGAGCGAAAGCUAUCGCAAAGGAACUAGAAGAGGAAAAGUUAAACUAUUCCAAGGUUAAAGAAAUGCUUGAAGUCUGCGAAAAGAGUUUCCAUGAACUUAAAUUGAACGACGAAAAGAAUCAAAAGGCACUUGAUCUGGCACAUGUUCAAAUAAAGGAAAAAGAAGAGCAUCAAGAGGAGUUGAAACGGCAACUGAUAACUCUUAAUCAAGAAAAGGAGAAAAAUAUUUUGAAACAAAUCCAGCUUACUAACAAUAUAAAUGAUGUAACAAUACAAUUAGAAUACUCAAGACAGGAAAUCGGACAGCAGAAGUUAAGGGAAAAAUUUAUUCAAGAGCAAAACCAAAGAUUAGAAAAUGAGAAAAGUGAACUACUGAAGCAAAAUGAAAGUAUUAUGGAUGAACUGUUGUCUUUGAAAGAACGGUUGGAUGUGCAAUCUAAUGAAAUAAAACAGAAGCAAGAUGAUAUUGACAGCUUACGGGAGAUAAUUGAAAUUAAAAAUAUCGAGAACUCUAAAAGCAACAAGAAGGUGGAUAAGAAGCUUAAUGAAUCUCUGAAUCUUAUCGAAAAGCUUAGAGAACAAAUCAAGGAACUGAAUCAAGAAAAGAAGGAAAUUCUAAAAAAACAUACAAUGAAGGAGCAAGAAUUGAAGAAAUUAGAAGUGAAGGUGACAAAUCAAGAAAGAGAACUGAAAGAGGUAAAUGAUGAGAAGAAAGAACUCUAUGAAGAACUAAAGAGAAUGAAACAAGACCAAAUCGAACGAGAAACUACCUUAGCAGAGAAUAACAGGGAACUACUGAAACUGCGAUCUAUAGAAAAGGAAUAUCAGGAAUUCCAACAUCAAAUUUACGCAAACUCCCCCCCAGUCAGUACUCAGCUGCCGAAAGAAAUUCACGAAAAGGUGACUCAGACUCCCAAAUCACCAGCACUAUCAUUGAAACUGGAUAGUUUGAAAAUGAUCGAAACGCCUACUAAAACGCCGAAGAGUAUAUUGAAACAACCGGGUUCAGCAACAAAGCGCAGGAGAGUGUUUUUCGUUUACCCUGAUUAUGAAAGCAUAACGAACAGUCAAAAUGAACCAAGCUAUCAGAAUCAAGUAUUUGAAUCUCCAUUAUUUAAGAAAGUGAGUCCGUACACGAUGAACACACCUAAAAUUCAAAAUCUUCAAACGCUUGAGAAAAUGACUAAUAUUCGGAAAACACCACGAAAAUCUGGCCGCAAAAUCACAGAAGAAUGUCAAAAGGUGGAUACCGAAAAAUCUUGGUUUGAUUGUGAACAAAUUUUCGGUUACGGGGCAGAAGAUUAA